CCAAGUUCCGAGACCAGGUGGAGGGCUUCACGGGCGUCGGAAUGGAGAGCCGGACCAUCACUGUGGUGCACGGCCCAGACCUCGUCAACAUCUCCUUCCUCAACUUCACCUCCUUGACCGAGUCCGUGGCCAAGGAAUGGACGGAUGAACUCUUCACUUUGGCUACAAACCUCCUCGCACAGAACUCAUCGCGAGAUAAGUUUUUGAACAAAGUAUACACAAAACUGACACUGCAGAAAAUUGAAGAUAAACUGCCAGUCAGAAGCAUUCUGCGCAUGUUUCCCACGGACAAGAAGAAGGUGGAGAUGGCUCUGAUGAGCUGUGCGCUUCCUUUUGGAAGGAACGAUAACAUCCCGUUAGCGGAGUUCACAUACGAGGCAUUCUACAGCUUCGUCAACAAACUCUGCCCCAGGACCGACAUAGACAGCAUCUUCGCCGAAAGCGGCGCCAAAAAUAAGCCCUACAUGACGGUCGAGCAAUUUACGGACUUCAUCAACAGCAAGCAGCGCGACCCUCGUCUCAACGAGGUCCUCUUCCCUCCGAUGAAGACCCACCAGGUGCAGGCGCUCAUCGAGAAGUUCGAGACGACCAACCUCGCCAAGAAAGGCCAAAUCUCCGUGCUGGGUUUCCUGCGGUACCUGAACGGGGAGGAGAAUGGCAUUGUCCCUCCAGAGAAGCUGGAUUUGAACGAGGACAUGACUCAGCCGCUGUCUCAUUACUUUAUAAACUCGUCGCACAAUACCUACCUCACGGGGGGGCAGCUGAAGGGCAACUCGUCGGUGGAGAUGUACCGCCAGUCCCUGCUCGCCGGGUGCCGUUGCGUGGAGCUCGACUGCUGGAAGGGACGCACGGCCGACGAGGACCCCAUCAUCACCCACGGCUUCACCAUGACCACCGAGAUUCCCUUCAAGGAGGUGAUCGAUGCCAUCGCUGAGACUGCCUUCAAGACCUCGCCAUACCCCGUGGUCCUUUCCUUUGAAAACCACGUUGAUUCCCCCAAACAGCAGGCCAAGAUGGCGGAGUACUGCAGGCUGAUGUUUGGAGACGCUCUGCUCGUGGACGUUCUCGACAAAUAUCCGCUGGAAUCUGGAGUGCCGCUACCCAGUCCUGAAGAGCUCAAAGGGAAAAUUCUCAUCAAGAACAAGAAGAAGAAGAUUUCCAAGGUGGAUACGGCCCGCAAGAAGCUGGAGGUGACCAACUCCAACACUCCGAGCGAGUCCAGCAUCGGGGACGUUCCUGCUUCAACUGGAGUGGAGCCAGCAGACAACUCACAGGCUCAAGCUACACCCAACGGCACAGAGAGAGUCGCCAAGAACACUGACUGGCAGAAGUCCACCAUGUUCAAGAAAUCCUUAGGCGAUGAGGACGUGGGAAGCGAUGAUGAAGACUACAAUGAAGAGGAACUCAAAAAGGCCAACACAGAUGAGGGAACUGCAAGCAUUGAAGCGGGAGCCUCGGAAGAGAUGUCCAACCUGGUGAACUACGUGCAGCCCAUCAAGUUCGACUCAUUUGAGGAUGCCAAGAAGAGGAACCGAAAUUACGAGAUGUCUUCCUUCGUGGAGAGCAAGGGCAUGGAGCAGCUUACCAAGUGUCCCGUGGAGUUUGUGGAAUACAACAAGACCCAGCUGAGCCGCAUCUAUCCCAAGGGCACACGAGUCGACUCCUCCAACUACAUGCCGCAGGUGUUUUGGAACGCCGGCUGUCAGAUGGUGGCCCUGAACUACCAGACGUUAGACUUGGCCAUGCAGCUCAACAUCGGCAUCUUCGAGUACAACUGCCGCAGUGGCUACCUACUCAAGCCAGAGUUCAUGCGCCGGGCUGACAAGCAGUUUGACCCCUUCACGCAGGACAUCAUCGACGGGGUCAUCGCCAACACCAUCUCUGUCAAGGUAAUCUCGGGCCAGUUCCUGUCGGACAGGAAAGUGAGCACGUACGUGGAGGUGGAUAUGUUCGGGUUGCCCGUGGACACCAAGCGGAAAUACAAGACUCGCACCAGCAAAGACAACAACUCCAUCAACCCGGUGUGGGAAGAGGAACCCUUUGUCUUUGAUAAGGUGGUGCUGCCCAGCCUUGCGUCACUGCGCAUCGGGGUGUUUGAGGAGGGUGGGAAGUUCGUCGGACACCGCAUCCUGCCUGUGUCUGCCAUCCGCCCUGGUUUCCACCACAUUUGUCUGCGAAAUGAGAGCAACCAGCCGUUGAGUCUCCCUGCAAUUUUCGUUUUCAUUCAAGUCAAGGAUUAUGUCCCGGUCGCCUUUGAGAAUAUCAUCAGCGGAUUGUCCAACCCCAUAAUGUACCAGGGGUUGAUGGAGCAGCGAGCCAAGCAGCUGGAAUCUCUCACCAUGGACGAGGACCAGGUGGAUGGUCAGGCUGCACCGCAGACUCCUCAGACCCCGCAGCGGCCAAGCCCAGGCCCUCGGCCUGACCCUGUGGCCGCACCGCGGGACAAACACCGGGCCAGCAUCACCAACCCGCCAGACUUGCUGGGCCUCGGCCUGUCCCCGAAAGUUGAUAAGAGAUGCAGCAUUGAUGAGCAUUUUCAAGCGGACGUGCGCCUCGCAAGUCUGGACGACCUUAAGUGCAACAAGCUGCUCGCCAAGUUGUCCAAGCGGCACAUGAAGGAGCUGCAGGAUCUGCAGAAGAAGAACGGCAAGAAGGCGGCCGACCUCAUCAAGGAGCAGUCGUCGCAAUUGUCCGACAUGCAGUCUGGCCUGCUCAGGCAGAGGGCGUCUUUUGAACGGAAACUCUUCAAGGGAAAGAGUGUGGAUUGCAAGGAGCCAUUCGUGGACUCGGAAUUGAGCCGCUCCUUGACCGAAAUGCGCAAAAAGCAGCAGGAGGAUCUUGUGCUGCUGAGGCAGGAGCACUACGCCCAGGAGCUGCGCAAGAGGGGGCAACACAACGCACAGAUGUAUGAGAAGCUGCUGGAGCUGGCUCAGGAGAGCUACGCGAGCCUACAGAAGAAGCUGAAGGACGUGUGCGAGAAAGAGGAGAAGGACACGAGGAAGCAGAUGGACACGGUUCGGCAGGAGCAGCUGGAGAACGCCUCUAAGGACGUGAAGGACAAGAAGGAGCUGGAGAGGCAAAAGAACCAGAUCAAUACCAUGCACAUACAGGACACAGUUGUCAAGGUUAAAACAUUGCAGGAUUCUCAAGAAAAGCGAAAGGAAAGGAUUGCAAAAACGUACGAGCAACUCCUGAAGCAGAUAAAGGACGAGGAGCAGACGCAACUGAAGUCCUUGCAGAUAAAGUACGAUGAGAAGUUGAAGCGGCUGCCCACGGAGAUCAAGGACUACGUGGAGGGUGGCAUGAAGGGGCAGCUCCCCCAGGAGCCGGAGUACUUCUUCCGCACAAACUCACGCAGCUCCUUCGAGUUUGGCUUCUCGGCGUCGGUCGACUGCGACGACGACUCGGUGGUCACGCAGUUCUGAGUUUGCCUCCGGCAGCUCUUGGCGGACCGCCCCCUGGGUGGCUCUCUACGCGUGCCACGUUCGCCAACGUGGCACCGAAUGCUCGCCCAAAGAAAAAGAAAAAAGCGAUCGCUGGUCUAGUUACGUACUCAACAGGACUUGAGGAAAUAACCGCUAUUUAUGUACAGAUUACUACUUAUUAGGCACAGCGUCCUUCGGAAUGAGGAAAAUGUUUUAAUUUGGAGUUUGUUGCCAAUGUCUUUUGAGUGGGGAAAUUAACUUUUCUUGAUUUAUUUUUUCAAAAGAAGAUUAUAAAUAUUGUUGGUACUGCAAGUAGCUCGUUUUGCUCGAGUCUUUUAACGUCUGAUCUCAGCCAGGCAGCCGUGCGUGAUCUCGCUUGUGGAAAUGUUUUGGCUAAAAUUGGACAAGUGCUGGCGAACACUCGUGUCGCGCAAUGCCGAGUCACCAUGACAGGUCUGUGUGCGUUGUUGGGCUUUUCCUGCUGGUGUUUGACGCAAUGGGUCAGCUGCACGUUAUCUAUGUUGUGGUGCGACACUAGAUCCGCGUCCUAGGUGAGCGCACUAAAUGAGUGGCGAUAAACGUUUGGAAUAACACCGUUCGUCAUUGUGUAUACUCGAUAAUUGCCGACUUAUUGUUUUCAAGUUUAGGUUUUUUUUUUGUCUCCCUGGUACUGACAUCCUCCUGAGGUUAUUGCUGGCCUAAAUAGGGAUGGGAACGGGUCAAAAGAAUGAUUUUUGUGGGCAUGUAUUUAGAGGACUGGAACAUGUCCAUUAUCCAGAGGUGAAAAAAUUAAUGUGGGAAAUGCUUAUCAGCUUUUGUGCGUGUGGGACUGUUUGAAGGAGUGGAUUAUGUGAUCUCACUCUCUUGGGAAAUUCACUCAUGUCUAAAGGGUGAGACAGGACAGGAUGGUACUAAAAGUGCUGCACCUUGAUAUACAACCGGUAUCAACACUUGCUGUGGCUUACACUUUACUCAGCAAAUAGGCAGUACAUCAUGACAUGUGCAGGCAUUAUCCUUUAUUUACUCAGAUGAGGAUUGUUUUUUUCUUUCAUAGGAAUGUAAUUUACGGAACAGGGAAAAGGCACAUUAUUUAACUCGUCCGGUCAAUUCAAGUGCCCGGUUAUACUGCUUUCCAUCGCAGCCUUAUCUUCCUAUCACGGCUGCCUACAUCAAAUGGCGAUUACUCACUUUGCUUCUCUCGAUGUCACCCAUGGUUAUUUCUUCCCGAACCCGUCUGCUAAGCCCACGCUCCCUUACCCAAUGUGGUGGGAGCCAUCUGUUCUAGCAGCAGUCACAGCUGCCCCCACAGUUUUAUUUGAUCCGUCCUCAGUCACGAGGCGCCUACUGUGAGAUGCGGUCAAUCAUGGUCAAGUUUAAACAACUGCUUCUUUAAUACCCGCUAAAUGUAUUGCCCCAGUGCCACGCAAUGGCAAAUCACCGUAUAAUUGAUCUAACGCUCCACAUUGGAACGUGUGCCUCCCACACUUUCCCUUCAGCCAUAAACGGCAGUGUUCUCUUUCUGCCCACCAGGCGCACAUGCACUGACACAUGUUGUUAACCUGCCAGACAGUUCUGUUAACUGCUAUUAUUUAAAUAAUCAACGUUCACCUCUAUGUUCAUAUUCAUCAUUAGAGUCCUGGGGGUUUUGGGGUCCUUCAGUCACCUUGUAAGACUCCGCCACGGUGUAAUGAUUCGCAAGCGAGACUUGGAAUCCAGAGGUCGCCUGUCUGCUCUCCCUGUGCGACAACUAAUGUAAUGGGCACGUUUCUUAGUCUGCCCACCACAGAAUUAGAAAUAGAUUCAACACAUUUAGUCGACUGACAGGUCACGUGCGCUGGGGAAGGGUUUGGCAACUUCCUCGUCUUCCAAGACGCCAGCGUGGAAGAGUAGGCCAAAGUCCCGUCUGGAAGGGCACUUUGAAGAUUCCUGUGGUGGGGACCCCCCCCCCCCCCUCUUCCACGAGCAACGAAUUGCAGAACCCCUCCUUGCCUUUGGUCACCUGUAAAGCUUUGGGGCUGCAGUUGUGUUUUAAUUUGUGGUAUCGCUCGUGGAGCUAGUGAAGAGUGAAGGGAUUGGCCGCUAGCUGAACAAGCCGUCCGUGUGUCGCGGUCUCAAACCUUUCACGAACUCCUUCACGGACACAGGGUGCCCGUCUGGCAAACCCUUUACAAGUUUCACACAUUAUUGCAGUUUGUCUAUAUUACAAAAUUUAAGGCAUUUACAAUAAAAAAGGAUUAGGUAGUUGAACUAAAACAUGUUUACGAUCAUCUUUAAAAGUUCAGAUAGGGAAAUAUGCCGUUUAAUGUUUAAUGAUUUUGUUUAUGAUACUCAGAGGCAAUUUGACCUGUUAUAUUUGAUAUAAAUAUACAUUUACAGAGGUACACAAUCAAAGAGAAAUAACUCUUUCCCCCUUGAUUUCAGAAUUGUGAAGAGAUUAAUGCUGGUCAGGGUUUAGCACGUCAUUUAGCAUGGUACUGAAGUGGUCUUAAAAAAUGGCAUUGUCUUACAUUGCGAGCAAAUGCAUCUCAAUUACAAUAGAAAUAUUCCAAAGAAAUAUUUUUACCCAUUAUAUCAUUUUGCAUUGCACAUUGUGAACAGAUUGUAAUCAUUAUUAGUUGGGUUUUCUGUUUAUAUUAAAUUCAGCGUUGCAAUUUUUGGUUUUUAAGUUGUCAUAGCCUUUUUUUUUACAAUUGUUGUUACAAAAAUACUGCCAAGAUUUGUUGAAAUAAUCAGUCAUGUUUCUUUUAAAAUCAGCCACAAACACAUUGUGCAUAUCAGACGAGUGGAGUUCACAUGAAGGCCUCGCAAUACACAGCACAACCAUUGCCGUUUAAGUCGUAGCUACGUUUUUAACUACAGCGAAGGAAUCUGGGCACAGAACGUUCAAUAAUGGUUUCCGUGGUUACAUAAUAAACUUAGGGGAUGAUGGGAGUGGUAGAAGGGGCAAUAUUAAAACCCGUGCAUACUGAAGGUGAUGUGACGACGAUCUGUUGUGAAAUUACUGUCCCCGUUAAGGUGAAACGCUUGUCUGAUAUUCACAAUGAGCAGUUUUCUUUUUAAAGCAAAAUGUAUUUACCCUGUCCUACAAAAAGCAUUGCUUUAACAAAUUGCCUCCAUCGGGCCAUUAAAAAAAAACAAAGUUACGGUGCUGAUAGUAACGUUCAAACUAUUGCGCAAGAUGUGGUUGCAUCAACGGCUGAGGCGAUGGUGACACCCCGAUCGUGGCAACGCACAAUGUGAUACGCCCGUCGAGGUGCCGCGUGGAGUCUUGCUCUAUCCCCAAAUGAAACAAUCAUUUUGCGUGUCGCGGAUUUAUCAGUAGAUCCACAAGAGAGUCGACACCGACCGUAUGGGCAGUCUAACAAAUUAAAAUGCCGCAGCUGCUCGAAAUCCGCCUGCGGUUUGCCAGGUCUCGCUGCGUGUCGAGCGAUCAUUCUCCCGAGCUUGCGCCACCUCUACUGUGGGCAUCUUGAGCCGGCGGAGAUCCCUGCACCCCUGACGAUGCCCGCAGUAGUGCGCGGUGAAAGCUCAAGAGGAUAGAUCCUCAACAGGCUGGGGAAAUAAAACACUCUACCGUGUUUUGUCACUUUCUUGAAGAAACGUCCUCAAGCUAAUGUGGAGCGCAAGCUCAAAUGAAACAUACGGUGUCUUACUGUAGAUUUACGUACUUAUUGUGAUCAUAUAAUGUCGACUUGGCUCACGAGCCAGAGGUUUCACGUUUCCUGCUUAUAAACAGGGCAUAUAAAUGUGUCUUAAACGUGGGGUGUUUCCUGCCUGGUGGUGGCUGGGUUGCUCUUGUGGUGUAGUGUGCGUGUGUGUGUGUGAGUAGGGACCUUCUUUCCCACGCUGCCUCAACUCACUCCGGCUUGACAAACUGCCGCGGGCAUGUGCAGAAUGUCAUGUUGAGCAAUAGCACUAUCAACGGAGCACUGGACACACUAUUGGAAGUGCAUGAGUUCACAUCUCAGAGUCAGGGGUUGACUCACCCUCGUCAUCUGUUCGUGGUCAAUAAAAUGAGUAACACUUUGGGAAGUCUGCAGUCGUCCCACGGCGAAAUUGGGUAACCACUGUAUGAAUGUGAAACUUCUGCCGCUGUUUCAGGGUCACCGUUGAAGAUUACACUUUUUUGGAGGCGCAUUUGCCGAUAAACCCAUUGGAAUAAAUACAUAAUACUUGAACAGUGGUUGUGCACAAUUGGUUCCGAUGCCAAAUGUUCAAUCGUUUGAUAUGUACCAAAUUUGGCCAACUUCAUUGAGUUAUUGAUAUUCGGGGGUUGAACACGCGUCAUGAAAUCCACCUCUGUUACAGAAUUUAUCUUCAUGAAGAGAAUAAUCGGACCUUCUCUGCACUUGAAAACCCCCUUCUAGCAGAGGUGUUGACAUUUAUUUCCACACCCUGACGUCUCAGGAUUUUCAAUAUCCUGAUCACAGCAGUCCGAGCAGAGAGAAAUCCUGACUUGGGAAUUUGUCAGCUGAAACCUGCCGACUCUUCUCCGGAAGCCUUGGAUCUUGACGUUAACAGUCACACACUGUAAGCCUCGCUGCCCACUGAGUCCGGACAACUUUGGCCACCGAUGCGUUAGUGGCAAGCUUCCCCCAUUUGUUUGCCAACGGUAAAUAUCGAUGCUGCGCUUUACUCGGUAGCUUGGCUCUCAUGGGUGGCUAAACACAUGCACGCGUGUCAUGAGGCUCCAAAUACAGCAAACGCUACUUUUGGCCAUUUGUGUUAAAUUCAGAAUUCUGAAUUUUAGUUAUAAUUCUUGCACUAAGGUGUUGGGUUUUUUUUCUCUUUCUCAAAAUCUGUGUAAAAAAAAAUCACUCCUUGGGAAAUUAAAACAUAAUAUACAAUAGCAUAAUAUUUUCUUUUGAUUUAUGCAGAGAUUGAACCCCUCCCACCCCAUUCGCAAGUCAAAUUGCCAAAGUUGUCAGUCGAAGCAACUCCAUUGUUGCGUGUGCAUCUUGACAGUAGAAGAUAUGGUGGCUAUUGCGUGCAAGUCUAUCCUUGCGUUGUUACAUCAGUGUUUCAGCUUUACCUGUGGGUACGAAUCGUGUGCACUGUGCUCGUGUGUGGGGUUUUGUGGGCAUAUUGUAGAUAUAAGCGAGAGUUGUGUUUCUAUUUGUAGCCACUUGGGUGGUCCAGGCGUACAGGUGUAGAAAUAUCUUUGUAGGGAAUUUUAAGGUGUAAAUGGUGUUCUUUUCAUUUUGAAAGCUUUAUUUAAUAUAUUGUACCUUUUGCGUUGUCGUAACGGGUUUUAUAGAUCUAUGCAACAUGUAUGUCACAUUGUUCUGAUCUCGUGGAAUCAAAUAAAAAAAAUUUGUUGGA